UGUCGUUAAUGUGUGGGUUUCUGUUUGUUUUAGUGCGUGGGAGGAUUAAAUAUCCUUUAUUUGAUAAACUGGCAGUCUUUCUAUUUUUUUAUUCUGUAGGAAAAUAGUUAGGUGGACCGAGGAAUCAAAGAUGAAGUCAUGAUUUGUACACAAAGCUACUCAUCAGACACGCGUAGAAAAUCUUUGGCGGCGGCGGAAAUGUGGCUGGUGGCUGCCUGUAUUUCUGUCUGUUUUGGUAGGAGCAAGCAGUCUCAACGUUCUUCGUCAAAAAGUGUCUCUUGCAAAAAGGUAUGAUUUGCAAUUCUAAAAAAGAUGACGUCUUAAUUAAAAACAACUGUUAGCCCAUCGGGUCCAUCACUUUGGCUGUUCGUCGACAUCUAGCUAACAACUGUGUCAGGCUGAAUGAAAGGAGAUGAGACACUGUACUCUGUCACUGCAUCAGUAUGAAGAGUCUGGGAGGAGCCAUGGGGGAUUCCUUGGGUUCUAACCUGUCAGUACGUAUAAGUGGCACAUCGGGGUGGAGCUCACUCUCCUUAAAACCGGUGACCUCUGGGCGAGUCAGCUCAAUGUUUCAGACCAUGGUUCCUACUGGUUACACAAAACUUCCAGAGGAGCUCCUGGCCAUGGUGGACCUCGGAGCCAAACCGGAGACCAGCUCACUGACGAACAGUUACAGACAGGAAAUGUCUUACACAGAGAGUCGGCGGCACGUGGAUCGAGCCUCUCGAUCCUCUCUGUCUCUAUCUGACUGUGGAGACUGCUCUGAGAUGGAGCCCAUGUUGGCUGAAAGGAGGAUGUCCGGGGACAAUGUCGAUGAGAUGCAGGAGGAAAAUGAGGAGGAAAGGCAUGUAUCUGCUGUGCAGAAUAUGCCCAAGGAAUCGCUUCUGUCAAUGUCACUGCAGAUCUUGGUGCCUUUCCUGUUAGCAGGAUUUGGAACUGUGUCAGCUGGGAUGGUACUAGAUAUUGUGCAGCACUGGGAGGCCUUCUCUUACAUCACUGAGAUAUUCAUCCUUGUUCCCGCACUGCUUGGUCUUAAGGGAAACCUGGAAAUGACACUUGCUUCAAGGCUGUCGACAGCGGUAAAUGUGGGCAAAAUGGAUUCUCCAAUAGAGAAGUGGAAACUCAUUAUAGGCAACCUGGCACUGAAACAGGUCCAGGCCACUGUGGUGGGUUUUCUUGCUGCUGUAGCAGCUGUUAUUCUUGGUUGGAUUCCUGAGGGGAAGUUUCAGAUGAGCCAUGCUGUGCUGCUGUGCUCCAGCAGUGUGGCCACAGCCUUCAUUGCCUCGAUGCUGCAGGGUAUCAUAAUGGUGGGUGUUAUAGUUGGAUCAAAGAAGACCGGCAUCAACCCAGACAAUGUAGCUACACCCAUUGCAGCCAGUUUUGGGGAUCUCAUCACCUUGGCCAUCCUGGCUUGGAUAAGUCAAGGCCUUUACAAGUGCCUGGAUUCUUACCCGUAUGUGUCUUCACUGCUCUGCGCCUUCUUCAUGUUCCUGACUCCCCUGUGGAUUGUCAUUUCGUCUAAACACCCAGCCAGCCGCACUCUACUCUACUCUGGAUGGGAGCCGGUCAUUACUGCCAUGGUCAUCAGCAGCAUUGGAGGACUCAUACUGGACAAAACUGUGUCUCAUCCAGAUAUGGCUGGCAUUGUUGUGUACACCCCUGUUAUCAAUGGUAUUGGAGGAAACCUGGUUGCCAUUCAGUCCAGCAGGAUCUCUACACAUCUGCAUUUUCACUGUAGUCCUGGAGAGGUCCCUGAUGAGGCAAAGGGCUGCUACUACCCAUGUCGUACAUUUUUUGGAACAGGAGCCAAUCACAGAUCUGCACAGGUGCUUAUCCUAUUGGUGAUUCCUGGUCAUCUCAUUUUCCUCUACACCAUCCACCUAAUGAAAAGCGGACAUACGACCCUGACUGUCAUCUUUAUGUCAGUGUAUCUAGCUGCUGCAAUGCUACAAGUGCUGCUACUGUUAUGUAUUGCAGACUGGAUGGUUCACUCCAUGUGGCAGAGUGGCAAAGACCCAGACAGUUUUUCCAUUCCUUACCUGACUGCUCUGGGUGACCUGCUGGGCACUGCCCUGCUGGCUCUCAGCUUUCAUUUCCUGUGGCUGAUCGGAGACCAGGACAGCGAUGUGGGCGACUGACGACGAGUACGGCAGUCACGCUUUCUCUGCUGCUUACAGUACCAGUUGAUGCCUCACGCCUCAAUGCUCUGUCCACGCCAGCCUCCGCAUUCCUUCACUUUAUAAACUGGAUGAAUUGAAGGGGCUCGAUAGUUUCAGGAACAAAUCUUUCCCUCUUGUUUGUUUUUCUGUCCAAAUUGACCAGACUGUGUAACGACCAUUUCCUGUAUCAGCUCUGAUCCUUCCAGCAGCGCUCACACCAAAGCGAAGGCAGAUGUUUUUGUAAAGAAGAACCGAAUUAUUACUCUGAAAUCUGGAUGUUGAUGGUAAAAUAUGCCAAAUACGUGUUGGCGUUUAUUAUUAUUAUUGUUGUUGUUAUAACAUUUUAUUAUUAUUACUAUUAUUAUUAUGACAUAGUACGGCCAGUCACUUUGUUUUCAUUGGUCCAGGUUUGAGGAUCAGACGUAAAACUGUUUACUGUGUCUGAGGUGAUUUUUAACAUCCAAAAGUCAUUCCAGUUAAUUUUUUGUUUUUUGGUCCCUAACCCCCAGUCUGCAGACCAGUACCGGUCCAACGGUCAUUUUGUACACGGCCGCAGCAAGCCGAAGAAAAAAGAAUUCAUAGUUUUCUUCAUUUAGAAAGAAUAUUGUUAUUUAUAUUUACUUUCUUCCUUUAAAGAUAAUCUGAGCCUUCAGACAGGUAUAUAUGUAUAUAUAUAUAUAUAUAUACAUAUACGUGUGUGUGUGUGUAUGUAUAUAUAUAUGUGUAUAUUAGGGAUGUCCAAUAUUAACACUUUGCCAAUAUUGUCCAAACACGUAAUUUCCGAUUCCAAUAUCAACCAAUACCGAUAAAGCUGGACUGAUGGUUAAGGUAGUUAAGUACCGCCUACUCACUAAGGUGUUGGUUAUAGCAGUGUUUCUCAGUUAUUCUCUGCCCCUCCCCCCUCUCCCCCAGGGGUAAAUUGAAAUACUAUUGAGUGCCUGGUAAUAUUUAUUUAUUUAUCUGUAAAAACCAUUGUAUGAGUUGCUGACAUCAGCAUUCGGCAAACAAUCCCCUGAUUAUUAGAAUAGAUUAAUACAAUGAGCUGCAAUGCUGCCAUCUAGUGACUUUCACUUUCAUAUACAGCUGUUUCUCCCCAAAACUAUUUUCAGGGCACACAUCAUUUGGCGAAACCCAGGAAUUGCGUUAUCUUUCAAUUGUUUGGGUCAAAACAGAAACUAUGGAGAGCAGGGUUUAACUUUUUUUUUUUUUUACAAAGUUUACACCUUUUUGACCAGUCUUCUUGGAUCCAGUACUCUGUCUUAGUGUCUCAUCCAUGAAGAUGUGUUUUUAUAUGAUUUUCUUCAAUAUUAGGUUCUUUCCACAUAAGGGCUCCAUUAACAAAUAACCCUUUGGAGGGUCCUGGUGUUACAGUUUGGGGUUUGGCCCCACUUUUUGAUCUUUCCACAGCUUGUCUGCCUGGAAUAUAAUAUUUGUUACAUUGUUUGACAAAUACUCCCUCUGGCAUUAUGGGAUUGACACAUUACAGCACACUGUCUUUAAUAUGCUGCUGAUUUCACAAUGGAACUUUGUUAUUUUGGACGUUUUUUGGGGGUUUUGUUAAUAAGACACAAAGCAAGAAGAUCACCUAUUUCAGUAGUAAAUGACAGUCUUUUCUGUAUAUAUAGGGUGCAUGUUCCCCCUGUGGUUUUUCUACAGGUAUUCUGGCUCCCUCCCAGUCCAAACUCGUGCAGAUUGGAUUAGGUUAACCCUCCUUCCCGACGACCCCCGUUGACUGCUGGGAUUGGAUUCUGCCCCCCCCCCUUCACCCUAAAAAGAGUUAAGUGUUAAGGCAGGGAUAAAUUGUUCACACAGGAACGUACUUGUUCUCUCUGGUGUUGGGAGUGUUUUGAUGGGUUUCAAAAUAUCAACAACUUGUUAUUUGACACAUUUUUUGAAUAAAAGCAGUGACAGUA